AUAAAGAGUGCGGGACAGGGAGUCGGGCAGCACACGGGGCAACACACCUUACUACAAGCAAACGGCUGAGAUAGCAGCAAGAAGAAGGGUCAGGAGAAGAGAAAGGAAGAGAGGGGGGACAAAGGAAGAGAGGCAGGGAAUAACUGAGAAGAUAUGGUACGCUCAUGUGAACAAGGGAUCCCUGCCUGGGUCUUUGUGGGCACCAUGCUCCUCUCACUCCAACUCAACUCACUUACAGUUAGAGGAGCUGCCCUGAAGCAGGAGGCAGUCUUGGACAGUGGUGCCACAGUGCUAAAUCACUCCAUGAGUUUGGUGCAGCGUAUGGAGUCCCUGCUAGCCAUGGGGAAUGGUAGUGAUGUAACUCUGCGGGUCCAGACUGUCAACACGGAUGAGAUAAAGGUGAUCCAGGCCCACACCCUGGUGCUCACCCUGCAAAGUGAUGUGUUUGAGGAACUGCUGAUGAGCCGCAACAACAGCGUUGUGGUUUUGAUGGAAACACCUGAAUGUGCAGCUGUAUUUGACAAGUUCAUCAGGUAUCUCUACUGCGGUGACAUUUCAGUGCGCCUUGAUCAGACCAUUUCCCUGCAUAAGCUAGCCAGCAAGUACCAUGUUUGGGCUUUGCAGCAGGGUCUGACUCAGUAUAUGACCCAACAUCUAUCCAGUGAUUCCCCUGCAGGCCAUGUGGUUGGCUGGUACAACUAUGCACUACAAAUUGGGGACACGGCCCUGCGAGACAGCUGCCUGCAGUACCUGUCCUGGAACCUGUCCUCUGUGCUGCAGAGCGGAGAAUGGGGUUCCAUCAGUGAAGACCUGCUCCUCUCCUUGCUCCAGCGUUCUGACCUCAUUUUACAAAGUGAACUUGAGCUCUAUGAGGCUCUGGAGGCCUGGAUUAACCAGAACCAACCUGUCAGUACGUUUGUAGAAAAUGCCCUAAAGGCCGUUCGAUAUGGUAUGAUCCCCCCUCAGCACCUCUUCCGUCUUCAGAAACAAUCCUUUCUCAUACAAAAGUAUUACGAGUCUAUCCGUGAUCUCCUAUACCUCGCUUUCCAAUUCCAUGCUGCCUCACCUAUCCAACUAGCCAAAUACUUUGAUGUCAACUGCAGUAUUUUCACUCCACGUAAUUACCUGUCUCCCUCCUGGGGUUCCCACUGGGUCAUCAAUAAUCCCACCCGCGAUGACCGCAGUUUCAGCUUCCAGACGCAGCUAGGACCCAGUGGUCACGACUCCAGUAAGAGAGUGACGUGGAAUGCCCUGUUCUCCCCUCGCUGGCUCCCACUCAGUGCCAGAUCGACAUAUACUGAGCUGGGUGCCAUGCAGCCCACUCGCACAGACGGAGGCCGACCUCGUAUCAUUGUUACACCUGCCACUUCAAGCCCAGACUUUGCCGGUGUGAGUUUCCAGAAGACGGUAAUUGUGAUGGCAAAGCAGCAAGGAAAAGUGGUGGUUCGUCACGUCUACAACUUCCACCAAAGCACAGAGGAGGCUGGGGAUUUCCUGUUGGACGCCGACCUGCAGCGUCGGGCCUCAGAGUACCUAAUCGACAGCUCCCUGUAUCUGCACAUUGUAAUAAAACCUAUUUAUCAUACACUCCUUGUUGCACGGAAAUAAAAGCAGGAAUUUAAGUGUCCUAACCACCAUGGUUUGACAAUUCCACCCUCCACCUAUAAGAUCACAUGCACAUACUCCAGAGUACACUCAUAUCACAGCACAUAUUUAGUCAUCAGAUAAGUUUUCAUUGUUUUGUGCAUUUUCUUGUCUUCCAACCAUUAAGAGAGGAAAUGUGUGGUACAAUAAAUAAGACAUAAUUUAUCAACAGAGCUGUGAUUAUCAUAUAACUGAUGGUGGGUUUUGAUGGAUUUAAAAAAAAAAAACACUUCACUGUACUGUAUUUGUUCAGGUAUUUUUGGUAUAGUCUAACAGUUUAUUCCUUGAAUUUAUUAGAUGGUUAAUGUCAUUAGUAUAGGUACUAUAGUACAAUUUUGCUUUAUAUUAAAAUGUAAUUGCUCUGAAUUUUAUGCAUUUCAUCAUUCCAAAGUUAAAUGUAGAUUUAGUUUAUCACAUCAAUAUCCUAAGAUGUGCACUGACUGUAUAUUGACCAUGUUUACAUGUAAAAUUGUGGAAACUGAAGCGCCAUUCCAUUUCAAAUGUUCCUUUGUAUUUUGUAGUUGAUUUUGUAAAUUCUGCCCUCCAUUUUUUUUUUAUUUAGUAUGAUACAUUUUGUUAAGCUUUUAAAUAAACUAUAUGUAAUACACAGUAUGUAAUAUUCACCCUGAAUAAAAAAAAACAAUAAUAAAUGUGGAAAAAAAUUG